ACAAUGGGAGGAGGCGUGGCAACCAAUGGGCGCAUGAGUUAGCUGUAUGCGGCCAAUGGAAGCGUGUAAAGCGCUCAUAUGUGGGGGCGGGGAUAGACUGCGCACCAAUGACGGGGAGGUGGUGGCGCCAUCAGUGUGGGCUGUGCCGUGGCUGGAAGUUACUGUGAGGCGGCGGCUAGGAAGGCGGCUCUGGUGGCGGCGGUGGAGGCUGAGGCGGCGGCCGAGGCGGCGACGGAGGAAACAGAAGAUGGCAGAUUUUUUGAAAGGACUGCCUGUCUACAACAAAAGCAAUUUUAGUCGAUUUCACGCGGACUCCGUGUGCAAAGCCUCGAACCGACGGCCCUCAGUCUACCUGCCCACCCGAGAAUACCCGUCUGAACAGAUCAUCGUGACAGAAAAGACAAACAUCCUCCUGCGCUACCUGCAUCAGCAAUGGGACAAAAAGAACGCUGCCAAGAAGAGAGACCAGGAGCAAGUGGAGCUGGAAGGCGAGAGCUCCGCACCUCCCCGCAAGGUGGCGCGGACCGACAGCCCAGACAUGCACGAGGACACUUAAGACUCUCAACUCCACAGGCGCCUCCUGCCAGGUCUGCUCCUCGGUCGCCCACCUGCCUGCCCGCCAUGUGUAAGCACCCCGCCCGCCCGCCUCCCUGCCGGCCCAUCCACACCCUGCGUCCACACCACUUUCAACCUCAUAGGAGCCGAUGUAUUUAUUUUCCUUGAGUUUUUAUUUAUGCUGUAACCUGUAUCAAGCGUUGGUUAAAGGGGACAUCAGACCCAGUAGUGUGAUGUUGGUAGAUGCUUUUUAGAAAAAACAACAUUGUCCCCCCGACCCCUGCCUUCCAUCGGGCCAGUUCCCCGAUUCCUGCCCCCAGUUCUCCAGAGAACCAGAGCGUGUCUGUGAGGGUCUCUAGCGGGGGCUUUACUGUGGCGGGGCGACAGGGGCGGGCCCGGGGCGGCCUGACCCACCGGGACAGCUGAGUGGCCUUCUCCCCCCCAACACCGGUCCAGGCCAUUGAGACUCGGUCUUGUCCCACGCUUCGCCCGGAACUCUCCCAUGCCCAGACCUCACUCAGCGUGUGCGCACGUUGGGGAGAAGUCGGCCCUUGGGAUCUUUCUCUUGAGUCAUUUUAUUUUUAUCAUGGACUAGUGCGUGCUCCGUGUCCACCCCAAUAAAAGGGUCUUUCCUACUUGA